CCACUAUGGCCGUCUGUCGGUUGGCUCGUGACGUCGCCUGCCAGUCCUUCGGCACGGCCUUUCAGGCGUGCGUCCAUCGAAGGGACAUAGGACGAAAUAGAGCGCCUGCCUGUCUAUCUGCCUAACUUUCUCAUUGCCUACCUUCUGCCUGGGUUCUUUAUAAAUAAGACCCGAGGCUGUUCCUCAGGUUCGUGAGGGGCGUCAGUCGCGGCGCUCACAAUCUGGACACACGGCAUGGUGACCCUUGACUUCAACGCGCUGCUCCGGACGGAGGAUUGGAUCGAAGAGCUCGGCAGUCUGCUUCCCCUCUCCGCCCUGCUCGACUUCCUUGAUGCAUCCCGCGUCUUACACAUCUACCAGCUCACCGGCGCGACGGCCUGGUGGUGCUGGCCCAUUACCCCGGCCGGCUUCCGGAUGCUCCUCUCGCGCCGAGCGACCGACGAGACCUGUCUGCUCGACGACUUCGAUGCGAGCACGACGCCCGUGUGUCUCGAUGGCCGCUAUGGCGAUAAGUACCCCCUCGCCAACCCCGAGACCCUGCGCCUGUGCCUGGGCGCCGCGAAGCCGCACCCCGUCCCGAAUACGCACAAGAACAUGCUCCGCAGAGACGUCCGCCCGCACACCGUCGAUCUCGUGCACGUCACGCGCCGCCCCUCGCAUCAGGACAAGCCGCCGUUGUUCUUCUCGAACAAUCUCUUUGCUUUCUUCUCUCGCCUCGCGGGCUGGAUCGUCUGGGGCCUUCUGAUGGCCUUCUCGGUCGUUUCCGCCAGCUGGCUUCUUCUGACCUUCCUCCUGCUGGUCACCGCGACCGGCUGCGUUGUGGCCAAUCUCUUUCCCCCCGGCCCGCGAAGCCUCCGCGUCGACCACGGCAGCGAGUACAAUCGCCUCGUUCUCUCGGCGCAGCACAUGAACGCCACGCACUGGACCAUCUAUUACGGCGAGAGCAGCGUGGUCAAUUCGCUUCUCAACUGGCCGCUGCGGCUGGAAAGCGCGCCCGAACCAAUAGCAGCCGAGCGACAGGAAUCGCGGGCCGUCUGGUUAAGGUGGCUCCUGCGCGUGCUUAUUCUCGGCCAGUGGGCCAUGACCGUCGGCGCCGCGGCGCUCAAGGACUGGAACGCAUACGGCAUCAGCUUUUGGAUCUUCUUCUGCAUCUUCAUGAACGCCUGGAGCUUCGCUACCGAGCACAGCGUCGGCAUCUGGUUGCGGCAUGCCGCCGUCGGCCUAGAGAGGUAUACGGUGCAAGUGAGCUCGCGCCGGGCACUGCUCAAUCUGGUGCUGGCGCUGAACCCGGACACGUUUGCACUGGACGCGCGAACCCAGAAGACAGAGGUGAGUCGCUUCUCGCCUGGGGCGGUGUUGUGGAUGGACGACAUUCUCAAGGCGGGGGAGUCUCGUUCUGCCUGGGAGGACGCCUCCCGGUUGGCCAUGAUUGGUGCGAUGGAAGCCAAUGGCACAGAAACGGGCAUCGGCGACGAUAUAGGCGGCACACAAAAGGACAAGUGUAUGGCUGCUGCCGAAGCAGCGCUCGAGGGGUAUUCUCGGAUGUACUGGUUCGACUUCAUCGGCGAAGGCAUUCAAGUCGCACAAGGAUUGACAGGGGCUGCAGGGCUUGGAGGAAGGCUGGCCACCAAAUCGCCAUCCUCCAGGCAACAAUAGUUACACAGUAUGCAGCCCUUCAGUUGAGAUCCUCGAAUAUCGCUAUUACCGCCUGCUUGACCAUGUCUACACGAUUAUGACAAGACCAGAUCGAAACAGAAUCUUCAGCACGAGAGAGAACGGGAUUGUAGGGCGAGUGAGUGACCUGAUGGGAAGGUUUUAUAGCAGAAACAAGCGUAGAAGCAGGGCCGUACUAUAUAUAGAUUGCUCUAUGAGGGUUAUCUCAUUACUUGUCGAAUUGCCGUUA